AAUAAUCGUAUGCUAUGUAGAUAAAUUUAUUCUAAACGCAACAAUAGGGAAAAUAACAGCAAAAUGUAACACACGGACAUUGAGUUUGCCCAAAUCAAUGAUGGCCGCCUGGGCGCCCUGACAGAGAGGGCGGGAUUAGCUAUAAGCAGCGAUCAGCAGUGGUUUUCAUCCUGAGAUGGAAUACAAUGGAAGCCUGCCUGGUGUACUUAUACAGGAGAUCGGAGUACAUUGUGGUGUUUUGGAAGAACAUGUUGAUUAUUUACAAAAGCAAUUUACUCUAAUUACAAUGAAGGAAUUUCUAGAGAAGAAGCAGGAGUUGGCAGAAAAAAUUUCAUGCAUCUAUGUUUGGGGCUGCAUGCCGAAAGUUGAUUAUCACCUUCUCCAUAGCCUUCCUAACCUUAAAAUAGUUGCAAAUGGAGGAGUAGGCAUUGACCACUUAGACCUGAAGUUGAUUUCCAGCUUUGGAGUAAAAGUGACCAACACACCUAAUGCUGUCUCUAAUGCCACUGCUGACAUGGCAAUGAUGAUGCUUCUUGCAUCCGCCAGGAAUUUUCUUCAAGGUUACCAGGUAGCAGUAUCUCCAGAAACAAAGUGUUUUCCAUUUAACUGGUAUGCAGAAGAAGUUACAGGGGCUACGCUUGGCAUUGUUGGAAUGGGGAGGAUUGGAUAUAAGAUUGCACAAAGAGCCAGAGGUUCUGAAAUGAAGAUUCUGUAUUACAACAGGAGUCGAAGGAUAAAAGACGAGAAGUCAGUGGAUGCCUCAUACUGUGAAAACCUGUCUGAUUUGCUGCAGCAAUCUGACUUUAUAGUACUGGUUGUGCCUUUAACAAAAGAAACUAAAAAAAUGAUUGGAAAAAAGGAACUUCAACAGAUGAAACCAUCAGCCACUCUUGUAAACAUCUGCAGAGGGGGGGUUGUUGACCAUGAUGCCCUGGUUGAAGCCUUGAAGCAUGGAGUGAUCAAAGCUGCAGCGUUAGAUGUUACUGACCCAGAACCACUGCCCAGAGAUCACCCACUGCUGAAGCUCCACAAUGUAAUCGUAACACCUCACAUGGGAAGUUCUACUCGGGCCACCCAACGUCUCAUGAUGAAGGAUAUGGUUCAAAGCAUGAAUGAUGCCAUCGCCGGUCGUCCAGUUUUUAAUGAAGUCAUUGCAAAUUGAGUAUCCAUCAUCUGGGUUUCAACUUUCGAUCCCUUACCGUCCUAUUUUGUAUCCAGUACAAUUAAACAUUGUAUGGUAAAGGAAAAUAAAAUAAAGCUGACAAGUUAAAUACA